AUGGCAUCAAAGAAAAGGGAAGUGAUAGAAGAGAUAGGUGUGGUGAUGGGAUUGGUUUCUGUGCAAUUCUUGUACGCGGGAAAUGCAAUUUUGCUGAGCAUUAUUCUGAAAACAGGACUCCAGCCUUCUUCUCUAAUAAUAUGUUCCACUUUUGCCACUUUUCUUGUGCUCUCACCUCUUGCAAUCCUCUUUGAAAGGAGAAAAUGGCCGUCAAAGAUCACCUACAAGCUUGUUAUACAGUUGCUUUUACUUUCGUUUGGGGGGGUGACAGUGUUUCAGUCGUUGUUUAUGAAAGGAGUUCACCUGACCUCACCAGCAGUAGCAACAGCAAUGCCAAAUCUAGCACCGGGGCUCAUCUUUUUCAUCGCCUGUGGCUUCGGGUUAGAGAGAAUGGACAUAGGGUGCAAGUACAGCAGAGCAAAGAUAGGCGGGACGAUGCUGUGCGUGUUAGGAGCCGUAGUGAUGAGCCUCAUGCAGAGCGACCAUUCCAACACAAACACCAAAACUCCCACUGACUUCAACUCACAAACAAUCCUGGGUUGCACCUAUCUCAUUGCUGCUGUUUUUGUUCUGUCCACCCAAGUUGUGCUGCAGGCUAUCACAUUGAGGGAUUUUUCAGCACCCAUAUCAAUGUGUUCCAUAACCUCGUUGCUAGGUUCGAUGUUAACAGCAGUAGUGGAGGUUGUCCUAGAUGAGAAUUACUGGGAUUGGGACUACCUGCAUCUUCAAGAUUUGCUUGGCUACUCCAUUGUGGCAGGCGGGAUCAGCGGAAUGUGCAUAAGCGUGAACGCAUGGGCAAUGAAGAAAAGAGGUCCAGUUGUGGUCUCCAUUUUCAACCCUCUCGGAACUGUUAUUUCUGCUGCCACCUCUAUCUCAUUAGGCGACUCCAUUUCUGCCAAGGACUUGGCAGGAAUGUUGGUGAUGUUCAGCGGUCUGUAUUUGGUGCUUUGGGCUAAACGAAAUGAAAGCAAUGCAAAGAGUCCCAAUGUCGACCACCACGCCGCCGAUGACACUAUUGUCUUUGAUAUUGAGAAGCCUCUUUUAACUUGAUUUUUUUUCAUUGGAAACAAACUUAAAAAAUGUAAAAUGUGGGAAGUUAACUUUGCUACUUUGAUACCAAGCCUCAUAGCUCAACUGGUUGAGAAGGGAGUCAAGGAUAUGACGCCAUCUAGUCCUGAGUUCGAAUCCUGGAUGACCCAACUUGGGAUUAAUUUCCCUGUGGGCCCAAGGCUUGUUGCCUUGGGACUUUGCAAGCAUACGGGCCUGGACCAGUCUGAGGGUGGUCAACUUACGAGCCGAGACCCGUCUGAGGGUGGUUAAGCAGCUAGUUCGUGGGCCACGAGGGAAAGGGAGAGGCCGGUGCUUGGCCUGGACCCGUCUGAGGGUGGUUAAGCUGCUAGUUCGUGGGCCACGAGGAGCAGGAGGAGGCUGGUUCGGACGUGACCACGAGGGGCUGGAAGAGGCUGGUUCGCUUGCCAAUGUAUCUCGAACUCCGAUGUGAGUGUGUGUGUGUAAAAAAAAAAAAAUCUUUGCUACUUUGAUACCAGGCGGAACCUUGUAGGAAAUAAAGCAACUUUUACUUCCGGAA